UGAUUUGGUCUUUCACUGUGCAGCUUAACUUUUGUCAGACGUCUUGCAUUAAGUCUUCACCUUGGUGAACUGAACCUUUUCCUCCUCACUGAAAGCCACUGACAACACCAUGAAUGUCCUUUCUAACAACAUGCUCAGGUCACCAGAGCAGUCCAUACCUCUCUGCGGCCCUGGAUCUGCCCAGGACUUACCCCGCUGUCCCCCGGUGUUCAACCCCAGCUCCAGCCUUCACCCCGGCUCUGUGGUUAACCUCCAGGGCCCCCACAGAGCUGCCAAGCCUCACAGGGAGCUGAGCCCAGAGGAGCAGCAGGAGCUGAGGAGGAAGAUCAACAGCCGGGAGAGGAGGAGGAUGCAAGACCUGAACGUGGCCAUGGAUGCCCUGAGGGAGGUUAUGGUGCCUUACGCCUCCUCACCUUCCUCUGUCUCCUCUACUCACCACCACCAGCCAGGGGCUCCUCCGGGCCGCCGACUCUCAAAGAUCUCCACUCUGGUCCUGGCCAGGAACUACAUUCUCCUCUUGGGCUCCUCUCUGCAGGAGAUGCGGCGGCUGCUUGGGGAGGUGAGUGUCGGGGUGGGUGUGAAUUCAAGUUCAAUCCCCCGGCUGCUGCUGGCGGGAGGGUGGCCCCUGAUCUCCACUCCGGGUCAGUUACUCCUCUCACCGGAAUCCCUCCUCACCUCAGCGGCCUCGGCCGCGCCCCCCUCCUCCUCCACCUCAGCUGCCACCGCUAAGUGUCCCCUUCUGUCCCCCGGCCCCAUGGAGGCACCGUUGGCCCCUGUGCAGUGGAGUUCCGCAGGGGCCCCCGGAGGGCCCCUCUGCCCAUGUGGAGUCUGUAGACUGCCCAGAUUUAGUCAUUCCAGCCCAGGUCCCAGAUUUCCCAAGUAA